AUGACUGUUAAAUUAAUGAAAAAUGGGUUUUUAGUUAUACCAUUUAUUUUACCGAAUAAUAAUAAUAAUAAUAAUAAUAAAAAUAAUAAAAAUACGACACACUAUAUAUACAUCAAAGAGCAUACACAAUCUAGCUCCAAGGAAGAGGAAUCUGCUUGUUUGUUUGUUAUAAAUUUACCGUUACUAUCACAUUUAGAAAUUGUCAAAAAAAAUUUCAAUAAAAUAUUUCAACUAUACAAUACACAGGCCAUAAUGGAAACUUUAUUAUAUGAUGAUGAGUUCAAAGUUAAGGAAAUAGAUUUGAAUUUUCUAACAAGUGAUUUAGAUAAUGGUCCUGAUAAAAACUUGACCAGAUUUUUACCGCAUAAUACUUGUUUGCUUAAAUUCAUUGACCAAGAAAAUUUGGACAACGCAUUUACUUCAUUAAAGAAAUAUAGUAACGAUAGUAACCUAAAGAAAAAAAAUACGAAAAUGCACACAUUACAGAAAUGGGACGGGAUACCUUCCCCAAGCAUAAAAGAUUUUAUUAACUUUUAUAAACCUUUGGAUGUGGAAUAUUUGAAAAAAGACAUUAAUGAAAAUAUGAAAUAUUUUGAAAUGAAAGAACAAGAGGCUAUGGAAAAGUUGGAUCAGGCUAGUAGUAUUGUGGAUGAGGAUGGUUUUACCUUGGUUGUGGGAAAAAAUACUAAAAAUUUAAAUAGCAUUAGAAGACGUAUAAUGAAUAAAAAUCCAUUGACUAAAUAUGAAACAAUGGCAGGUAAUAAAAUUGUUAAAAAAAAUACAACAAGUAAUAACAAAAAAGACAAAGUUAAACUAGAUUUUUAUAGAUUCCAAGUUAGGGAACGUAAAAAGCAAGAAAUUAAUGAGUUGUUGAAAAAAUUUAAGCAAGAUCAAGAAAAAAUAAAGGAAAUGAAAACACAAAGAAGAUUUAAUCCCUAUCGUUAA